AUGGUUAGCCCAUUAAAUUUUGCUGCUGUCACUUCGGACCACAACAUCAUUCUUCUUGGUCUCAGUUCAGAUUCCUCCUGUAACGAUCUAUUUUCCAAGGUAGUCGUGGCGCCCUCUUUGCCUGACGGCAGCGGACCCGACCUCUCUCGACAGGUAUCACAGGGUCCGCCUCAGGCCUGUCGUCUCGACAGCAUGCCCACCCGCCUAGCUACCCUGACGCCUUUAAGAUGUGGGCAUUGCCUAUCACCUUCCAGAGAUGGGGAGAACGGUCUUCUGCGGGCUGAUUGUGGUGAGGAAAUCGCUUCCACACCUACUGCAACAGUUGCACACAGAGAGGAUUCGAGUAGCACCAGCAGUAGCAGUAGCAGCAACGGAAAGCCGCCCGUACCCCCUAUUCCCCAAAAUCCUUCCCCGCUAUCGUCAGCAUCCAACAAUACACUGACGAGUUACAUGUACAAGUUUGGUCGCUUGGAGCCCCAAGAUGCAAGUCUGGAGAGUCGCAUUUGUCGUAACGUGGCCGACCUCUUCCACGCCAAGUGGUGCAAACGUGAGUCUGCUCAAGGACCGCACGAACGCUCCAAGACUGUGGCGUACGUGCAUAAGUACAGCCAGCCCACCACCGCCGGUCCACCUAUCCAACACAACACCUGUGCUCAACAGACCUGUCGAGUGAGAAUGGUGGGAGGACUUGAAGAACUGAAACAACAGACACCAUCAAUUCCCAUAGUCUACACGCCUUCAGCGGAAAAUUCAGUGGAAGAGGAAUCGCCAACUGCUGUCUCCUCGCCCCACCUAACCGCGAGUACGCUUCCACGAUCUACGAGGGGUCGAUCGCUCUCCAGAGGACCUCUGUCGGUCAUUGACCGCCGCAACCAGAGGGCGAGACCAACUUCAAAUCUCCUACUCCCCCUUGGCGAGAUGGAGGUGCGAAAGGUCCCUCUUAAGAUUGAGUAA